CGCGCGCCCCAUUUCCGCCGGCGGGAGCGGCGUGACAGUGCUCCUCCCAAGAUGGCGGACAACCUGCCGUCGGAGUUUGACGUGGUGGUGAUAGGGACCGGUUUGCCUGAAUCUAUUAUUGCAGCUGCAUGUUCCAGAAGUGGCCAGAGAGUUCUUCAUGUUGAUUCGAAAAAUUACUAUGGCGGAAACUGGGCCAGCUUUAGCUUUUCAGGAUUAUUGUCCUGGAUUAAAGAAAACCAGCAGAAAACUGAUGUCGGUGAAUGCGAAGACUGGAGAAAACUGAUCCUUGAGAAUGAAGAAGUUAUUUCUCUGAACAAGACAGAUAAAACUAUUGAACAUGUAGAGGAUUUCUGUUUUAGCAAUCAGGAUUCAGCUGAAGAUGUUGAAGAAGCUGGUGCAUUGUCAAAGCUGCAUGUCUUUGGAUCUUCCGGUGCUGAGGGGGCUGCUCAGGAAUCGGAAAAAGAGCGCGCGCCUACGGGAAGCGCCUCGCCAGGGGCUGAGAGCUGGGAACCAGAAAAGGCUGCAGGCAGUGACCCAGCAAGUGCAACAGAAAGGAAUGAUACAGAAAUAACCUCUGAGAGUGAAAGUUCCCAUAAUACAGCUUUAGGCGAGUCCACUUUGGAACUGGGAAAAACAGAAGCUGCACCCUCAGAAAUCUCUACCCAAGAACCAAAGAAAAUUACAUAUUCCCAAAUUGUUAGAGAAGGCAGAAGGUUUAAUAUUGAUUUAGUUUCCAAGCUGCUUUACUCCCGGGGUCUGUUAAUUGACCUUCUGAUUAAGUCAAAUGUUAGCAGAUAUGCAGAGUUUAAAAAUGCCACACGAAUUCUUGCCUUUUGGGAAGGAAAAGUAGAACAGGUACCUUGUUCUAGAGCAGAUGUCUUCAACAGCAGACAACUCACUAUGGUGGAAAAGAGAUUGCUAAUGAAAUUUUUGACAUUUUGUUUGGAAUAUGAACAACACCCUGAUGAAUACCAAGAUUACGAGAAUAGUACAUUUGCUCAAUUCUUAAGAACACGGAAAUUAACGCCCGGCUUGCAACACUUCAUUCUUCACUCUAUUGCAAUGGUAUCAGAGACUGAUUGCAGCACCCUUGAAGGUCUCCAGGCAACCAAAAAAUUUCUUCAGUGCCUUGGCCGCUAUGGCAAUACACCAUUUUUGUUUCCUUUAUAUGGUCAAGGAGAGAUUCCACAGUGUUUCUGCAGGAUGUGUGCUGUAUUUGGUGGUAUCUAUUGCCUUCGCCAUUCUGUGCAGUGCCUUGUAGUGGACAAAGAAUCUGGACGAUGCAAAGCUAUCCUAGAUCAUUUUGGACAAAGAAUAAGUGCCAAUUAUUUUGUUGUGGAAGAUAGUUACCUCUCAGAGAGCACAUGUAAAAAUGUGUGUUACAGGCAGAUCUCCAGAGCAGUACUCAUUACAGAUCAGUCCAUACUAAAAACAGAUUCAGAGCAGCAGGUUUCCAUUUUGAGAAUGCCUCCAGUGGAUCUAGGGCAACCAGCAGUUUGCGUCAUUGAGUUGUGUUCCUCAACCAUGACGUGCAUGAAGGAUACUUAUUUAGUUCAUUUAACCUGUCCAUCAACUAAAACUGCUAGAGAAGAUUUAGAGCCUGUCGUACAGAAGUUAUUCAAUCUAAAUACUGAAACAGAAAAAGAGAGUGAAAAUGAAGAACUGGGAAAACCCAGAGUCCUCUGGGCUGUGUACUUCAACAUGAGAGAUUCUUCAGGCAUCGACAGAAGUUCGUAUGACAGUUUACCUUCAAAUGUUUAUGUCUGUUCUGGACCAGACUCUGCUUUAGGAAGUGACUGUGCUGUCAAACAGGCUGAGACUAUUUUCCAAGAAAUGUUUCCUACAGAGGAAUUUUGCCCGCCACCACCAAAUCCAGAAGAUAUUAUAUAUGAUGAAGAUGAGCUUGCACCAGAAGAUUCUGGAUUCAAUAAUUCCCCAGAGACAAAACCUGAACCCUCACCUGAGGAAGGCAGUAGUGGAGGUGGUACUGCUGUUGAGCAAGAACAUAAUGAAGGAUGAAGUAGCACUGUUUUCUUAGUGGAAGAAGAGGUUGACCCAGACUAAAAAGUAGGGGAUGAGGGGUAAGAAAAAGAGAUUUAAAAAAAAAACUGUAUUAAUUGUGAUUGCCUUAUUGUUCUUAGUUUGAAUGUGCUCUUUCUUCAGAUAGUUUCACUGAGUUCUAAAUAAAGGCAUAGUCAACCAGAUCAAGGGUGUUAGUCACUAAACAAAAUUCUUAAAACAAAUUAUUUCAAGUGAAAAUAUUAAAAUAUGAAUCAUGAUUUUUUGGAGAGAACUUGGUUUUGUUUUACAUUUUGGAAGGACUUCUCCAUCAAAGAGGCACAAAGUUGAAACUAAUGAAAAAAUAUGUAAGUGUGCUUACAAAUCUGAACAUGAUCCUCUAGUGUAAGUUAUCACAGUUCUUCAGAAAAAAUCUUUGGGUCUAUUAGAGUGCAACAGCUGAAUGUGAGCUUUAUAAGCUGUCAUGCACAGUGGCUGAAUGUUUGCAAAUGGAACCUAAAGGCAGUAGUGAUGGUUCUGGGGUGAUUUUUUUAGAAUAUGUAAUAUCACAUUUAAUUUGUAUCAUGAAAAAUUUCUUGUAUGCUUUUGAAACUGAUGUAAUAAUUUAGAAGCAAAUAUAAUCCAGCAGAUAUUCCUCACAUGUCUAUUUUACAUACAGAAUGGUUCCUAGUAAGAUCUAACUGUUGCAUGAUCAUAAAUAUUUUAUUAAUGGCUUAACUUACUAUAGUCAGGAAAAUAGCACUAUUUAAAGUUAAUGCUAGUCUUCUCUACAAAAUUAAGGUUUGUAAAUGGAACAUACCUGAUACUAUUUUCCCUGUGUUUGUUUGGGCCCCUGAUAAGAUAGUAAUUUAAUUUUUUGCAAGUUUCGUGUCUGAGAAGUUUAGAUGAUUAAUUGCCGUUUUGGGAGGAGGGGAGGGAGGCGGCUGUUCAACUGAUUAUAACUCCAAAGGUUUGUACUGAUCCCAGGUAAUAGGGUUAAAAUUAGUGUGAUAGUUGUAAAUUAUGCAUUUUGUAAUGGUAAAUCAUAAAGCAUAUUUAUACAAUAAAAUUUAUUAAAGUAUUUAUAAACCUAGUUUGUAUGAAGAAUUACAAAAUGAGAAAGUUGUUGUAAAUGACUGUGACAGACUUGUACCUCUUCUGAACAAUGCUUGAAAUUGCAUAUUCUGAUAAUGAAAAAUAUUUAGCUUUUACUGUAAGAUUUAUCUUAAAAUAUAUACCCAGUAGAUCAGCUGUGUAUCUACCUAUAUCAGUGAAUUUUGAUGAUAGUCAGAAUUUAAACUGCAACGUAAAUGUAGAUGCAGUAUUUAAGCAAAUACCGUACAUAAAUAAAAAUACCCUCAAAUAAUGAAUAUUCAGCACUGCCUGGAACUGAGACAACCAGGCUUUUGUACAGUUUUCCAGUGCACGUGCCUGCCUUUAAAAUGGCUUCAUGCCAUAAGGGUCAACUUAUUUAUUUUUUUACGGCAUAACUGACACAGUCAACUUCACUUUUUGUCUUGCAUCAUGAUACAAUGUCCAGCUUGCAUUUCAGAAGUCAGUAUGUUAGUGUUUACAUUCUGUGUUUAUCGGAUAGGCAUCAUUGUGUGUAUAAUUCUGAAGUCCUCAGAAAAAUAUGUGGCUGAAAUGUUUCCAAAGUUAAGCUGCAGUUAUCUUUGGAUGCUUGUGAUUAAACAGUUAUUCAUAUAUAGUAAUAAGCAGGCUGCCUCUUUGUUUAGCUGUAAUUUUUGUGUAUUGGAAAGCAUGAGUAUAUGGUAAUUGUAUUUAACAUCUACAAAUCUGUAAAAGAACUAAGUGGAGGACCUAGUUCAUGUUUGUCUUUCAGUAAUAGGGAUCAUAGUUUAACUUUUCAUCUUCAGUGUUUACAAAAAAAUCAUUUGAUGAAAAUUAAAGUUUGCUUGCAAGUGCA